CGUAACGAGAACGUGGCGUCAUCCAGACGAUUCUUUACUUGAAGAGUAUGUAGCCAAUCAUGAUCUCCGCCCCUCUCUCUCUAACAUUUCCAAGAUUCUCUCUCUCUCUCUCUCUCUCUCUAUCUCUAGAUUUUCGACACUCUCCCCAGCUCUGCGACUGAUCGGCGAUCGCUUCUUUACUCUUUCCUGCUAUUUCUCUCACUUUCUCAGCCGAAUUUAGUACUCGAGACGGAACAUCUAGUCAAGCGAGCUAGGAGUCUUAGAUAUUUGGCGGUAGUGUUUGGCACAUUCUUUUGUCGGUUUGAAUCCGGAAUUCAAAGCCAUUUUUUCUCUUUGCAUUCUCCUUAGAUUUAUCCGUCUUGAAACCCUAGCUGGCACGGUGCAUUUGCCGUAGGUUUCGGCGGGAUUUGAUGAUUCGUGAAGCGAGCAUUUGAGAUGCUUGAACAGUAAUUGGAGUUGAAUCUGAGGGUAAUUGGUGCUAGUGUUUUGUGCUCGCGAUGGUUAGUUUGGGCUUUGGUUGUGAGAUGAAUGUGUCUGUGAAGUUGCGAUGAAGAAUGAGUGGGAGAAGUUUUGCGGUGACGGAUGGUGCGUUGGUUGUGAUGGCCACUGAUGGGAAGUAGGGUUUUGACGGCAGGCGCUUGUUCUUGAUGUCGCGGACGGACAGAAUGAGUGCGGAUGCUGCAAGGGCGGGUCCGGUGGAGAGGGACAUUGAGCUGGUUCUUGGCUUGUUUAUUAAAACAGGCCAUCACCGCUCUCAAAAAAGGGGCUCAUUUGCUUAAGUAUGGACGUAGGGGGAAGCCCAAAUUUUGCCCCUUCAGACUGUCUAAUGAUGAAUCUGUUCUAAUAUGGCUCUCUGGGAAAGAGGAGAAACACCUUAAGCUAAGCCACGUCUCCAGAAUUAUACCUGGGCAGCGGACUCCAAUAUUUCAGAGGUACCCUCGGCCCGAGAAGGAAUAUCAAUCUUUUUCUCUUAUAUAUAGCGAUAGAUCUCUGGAUCUUAUUUGCAAGGAUAAAGAUGAAGCUCAAGUCUGGUUUACUGGCCUGAAAGCAUUAAUAUCAAGAGGUCAUCAUCGGAAGGGAAGAACAGAAUCAAGAAGUGAUGGAUUUUCAUCUGAAGCAAAUAGUCCCCGAACACACACUCAAAGAAGUUCUCCACUAAGCUCUGCAUUUAGUAGUGGUGAUAGUUUGCAAAAGGAUGGGGUUGAUCCCCUUCGACUUCAUACUCCAUAUGAAAGCCCUCCUCAAAUUGGUUUAGAAAAAGAAUUAUCAGAUGUGGUGUUAUACACUGUGCCUCCUAAGGUUUUCUUGCCUUCAGAAUCUGCUUGUGGCUCAGUUCAUUCAUUAUCAUCGGGAGGCUCAGAUGGCAUAAAUGGCCGCAUAAAGGGCAUGGGUGUGGAUACCUUUAGAGUAAGUUUAUCAAGUGCUGUUAGCUCAUCAAGUCAUGGCUCUGGUCAUGAUGAUGGUGAUGCUCUAGGGGAUGUUUUCAUUUGGGGAGAAGGCACUGGAGAUGGCAUUCUGGGUGGGGGAAUUCAUAGAAUGGGAAGCUGUUCUGGUUUUAAAAUGGAUUCUUUUGUGCCUAAAGCCUUGGAAUCUGCAGUAGUACUUGAUGUUCAGAAUAUAGCUUGUGGUGGGCGACAUGCUGCUUUAGUGUCUAAGCAAGGAGAAGUUUUCUCCUGGGGCGAAGAGUCAGGGGGCAGACUUGGACAUGGCGUAGAUUCUGAUGUUUCACACCCAAAGCUUAUAGAUGCGCUUAAAAAUACGAACAUUGAACUUGUAGCAUGCGGGGAGCACCAUACCUGUGCUGUAACACUCUCUGGUGAUUUGUACACAUGGGGGAGUACUUACAAUUUUGGGCUGCUUGGACAUGGAAAUGAUGUGAGUCAUUGGGUUCCAAAAAGGUUGAAUGGACCUUUGGAGGGAAUACACGUCUCCUCAAUUGCCUGUGGACCAUGGCACACAGCUGUGGUAACCUCUGCAGGACAAUUGUUUACUUUUGGUGAUGGAACUUUUGGUGUCUUAGGCCAUGGGGACCGUAGAAGUGUGUCUACACCCAGGGAAGUAGAGUCCUUGAAGGGCCUUCGCACGGUGCGAGCAGCUUGUGGUGUUUGGCAUACUGCUGCCGUUGUUGAAGUCAUGGUUGGAUCUUCAAGUUCCAGUCACUGCUCUUCAGGAAAGCUAUUUACUUGGGGAGAUGGGGAUAAAGGUCGUCUUGGGCAUGGUGAUAGGGAGCCAAGACUUGUGCCUACUUGUGUUGCUGCUCUUGUUGAACCCAAUUUUUGUCAAGUUGUCUGUGGACACAGCCUAACUGUUGCACUGACAACUACCGGGCAAGUUUACACAAUGGGAAGCCCUGUUUAUGGUCAAUUAGGUCAGCCACAUGCUGAGGGGAAACUACCUAUACGCGUUGAGGGAAAGCUUACAAAAAACUUUGUUGAGGAGAUAGCUUGUGGUGCUUAUCAUGUGGCUGUAUUAACUUCAAGAACUGAAGUUUACACUUGGGGAAAGGGUGCUAAUGGUCGAUUAGGUCAUGGUGACACAGAUGAUAGAAAUUCUCCAACAGUUGUUGAAGCUUUGAAAGACAAGCAAGUCAAAAGUAUAGCUUGCGGGACUAAUUUUACUGCAGCAAUCUGUCUUCAUAAAUGGGUCUCUGGUGUUGAUCAGUCGAUGUGUUCUGGAUGUCGCCUUCCAUUUAAUUUCAAGAGGAAACGACACAAUUGUUAUAAUUGUGGACUUGUAUUUUGUCAUUCAUGCAGCAGUAAAAAGUCUCUUAAGGCUUCCAUGGCACCAAAUCCCAACAAACCUUAUCGUGUUUGUGAUAAUUGCUUUGGCAAACUGAGGAAAGCUGCUCAAACUGACUCUUCAUCUCACUCUGCUCUGAGUAGAAGAGGAAGUAUCAAUCAAGGUCUUAGUGAACUUGUUGAAAAAGAUGAAAAGUUGGAUUCCAGAUCCCAGAUGCAAUUUGGAAGAUAUUCCUCUUUAGAAUCCUUUAAACAAGUGGAAAGUGGUUCUUCCAAGAGAAACAAGAAAUUAGAGUUCAGUAGUAGUCGUGUUUCACCCCUUCCAAAUGGUGUUUCUCAGGGGGGUGUGCUUGCUAACUCUAAAUCUUUCAAUCCAGCAUCUGGGUCAUCGAAGAAGUUUUUCUCAGUUUCCCUUCCUGGAUCAAGAAUCGUAUCUCGAGCAACAUCACCAACAUCUAGACGGCCUAGUCCACCUCGUGCGACUACACCAACCCCAAAUCUGGCUGGGCGUGCAUCUCCAAAAAUUGUUCCUGACGAUGCUAAAAGGACAAAUGAUAGCUUGAGCCAAGAAAUUCUCAAACUAAGGGCACAGGUUGAAAAUCUUACUCGUAAAACCCAACACCAAGAGGUUGAGCUUGAAAGAACAACCAAACAGCUGAAGGAGGCCAUUGCAAUAGCAGCAGAAGAGACUGCAAAAUGCAAGGCAGCAAAGGAAGUGAUUAAAUCGCUUACAGCCCAAUUGAAAGAGAUGGCUGAAAGGUUACCAGUAGGAGCAGCACGAAACUGCAAAUCACCUUCUUUCAAUCCCUUUGGUCCUGAUCCUCCUGGUGAUGUUUCUACCGCAGUGAUUGAGCAACUGAAUAGUCCAACAACUUGCCAUGCACCAGAUUUAAAUGGAUCAAACUGUCUUGUGCUUUCUAAUGGUUCAAGCACUGCUGUCAACCAUACUUCAUUCCAAACUGGAGCAGCACAUUCAGAGGCCAUGGGAAGGAGCAAGAACAGAACAACAGAUGUUGAACCCACCCAUGGGUCUGAAUGGGUUGAGCAAGAUGAGCCAGGUGUCUAUAUUACCCUUGUGUCCUUGCCUGGAGGUAUCAAAGAUCUCAAGCGUGUUCGCUUCAGUCGAAAACGUUUCAGUGAGAAACAAGCAGAACAGUGGUGGGCUGCCAACAGAGCUAGAGUUUACCAGCGGUACAAUGUUCCCAUGGUUGACAAGUCCAGUGUUGGCAUAGGGAGAGAAGGCUUAGCACAUUGACCUGCCAAACUCAAUCAAGAUGUAAAUGAAAUGACACAGUUCGCAUUUUAUGACUCAAGUUUGUGUUAAUUGGUUUAGAAUUCAGCAUUAGUUUUUGGGGGAAGUGGGGGAAGUGAGGGCUGGACUGAUGAGAGGGAGGGAGGGAAGAGAGUGGGUUGAUUGCUUAUUGUGCUUUUUUGUUUUCUUUUUUGGUUUUGUUUUCUUCUUCUUCCUCUUUUUUUCCUGUUUUAAUUUUUCACUUUUUUUUUUUUUUUAAUUUUUUUUGGAGGAAAGCACUUUGAGGGUAAGGGUGAGGAUUGUAAAUAAGUUGUAGAUUGUUGGCCAUUUAAUUCAAAUAGCUGCCUUGUAAAUUUAGUGAAAAUUCCUCAGUUGAAUUUUACUUGUAAUCUUCACUUCAUUUUUUGUAUGGUGCUAGCUGUACUCAAUUGUCAGAAUCAAGAAUGCCGGUUGGCCUAUGUGAAAAAAAUUCCCAUUGAA